CACGCACACACACACCUUUCGGCCUUGUACUUUUCAGGUGAAAAAAAAAAAAGAAAAGCGUAAAAUAAAUUUAGGAAAAUUGAAAAAUUUCCAAUACCCCACAACGCCACGAUGACCUCCUCAUUGGUGCUGCUGAUUGCCAGCGUUCUGCACUUCGGAUUGCGUGGCAGUUGUCUGCUGGACAUCGAGCGAUUCCCGGUGAUUCCCGGCACCAUCUAUGCCGGCCACAUUGCCUACUGCGCCAUCCUGCACUUCCUGCACGACAUCGAGGUCCUGCCCACGCGCUAUCGCCGCCGGAUGGGCUGGCUGACCGCCUUCCUUGUCGAACUGGUACUGGGCGUGGCGUUCAUGGAGGUCCUGGCCUUGUGGCUCUGGUGCAGCGUCGAGCACAUCCUCCACCUGUCCACCCAGUUCGUGCUGCGACGCUACCUGGGCGUCUCCACCGAUGUCUAUCUGCGCUGGGAGUGGGCCAUCAUGGGCGGUCUGAUGACCACGCUGGCGGCCAUGCUCUGGAUAAACGCCUACGAGGCCACGGAGCCCAUUGAAUCGGAGCGGCUGUCAAGGACCAAAGCAGAGCUUCAACAGCGGAUGGAAAAGCGGGAACAGGAUCUGGAGAAGAUGGAGCAGCCUGCUCUGGAGCCAGAGGAUCCACAGAAGCCAGAUAAAGUGCAGCUGCCCGAGGAGAAGCAUCUGCAGCUGCUGGCCACCACCACCGAUUGCUAGUCCUGCCAGCCUUUGAUGUCGCACAAAAGGACUUCGCAAAUCGGCCUCAAUUAGACGAACGAUCAUGCCGGGAGCAGACCAGAACAGAGCAGACCAGAGAAGACCAGAGCAGACCAGACCAGACGAAGCAAAUGUAUUUAUUCCAGCCAGAUGGACUCGAAAGGCUCUAAAGACCGUGCCAAAGGGUGCUGCUAAAAGAGGCGGGGCAAAAUGAUGGACUGCAGUGAAAUGUCUAUGAAAAUUGACUUGGUGUCCUGGCAUUGAGAGGCAGUGGGGCGGAAGGAGCUGCCAGCGCCUGGAUGCGCGUCAAUUGACAAAUUGUCGACUCGACUGGCCCCUUCGUCCUGGUUUCGCCUUCUUCCACCCACAUCUACUCCGACUUUCACUCCCAUUCCCAAAACCCACUUUGCAAAAACCAAUCCGAAAUGCCAAAAAUACAAUCCCGGGCAAUUUUAGACCCAAACAGAGCAGAAAGUCAUCAGAAA